AUUUGAAACCCCACCUCUUUAAGGAACACCUGGGAUAGGGGAUCUGGGCUGAAGUCCCAAAGGAGAAGUAUGGAUUGAAGGGGGGUUCGGUGUGCCUGCCUGUAGAAGAACCACCGGAGGAGCUUGUAAGACUACGUUGGAAGGUCAAUAGUACAAUAAUAGUAACUGACAAAAAGGUCUCUCCUAAAUACAUGGAGAAAGUGGAAUAUAAUCCAGUGAACCACUCUCUGUGCAUUAAUAAUCUGAGUGAAAAAGACAGGGGAACUUACAUUGCAACCUAUGAGAGAAAUUGGGAAGAGUCAACUACUACAUACAGACUAACAGUUCAGGAGCCUAUAUCCAAGAUGGUUAUCCAGACGGACAUCAAGCUAUUGGCCAACCAGUCCUGUUCAGUGUGGCUGCUGUGUAACGUGUCAGUCUGCUCCAACAUCUCCUACACCUGGGAGAGAGGGAAUGAGAAGUACAGGGACGACCAGCAGAUACACUUCUCUCUGUCACCAUCAGACGGAGACAUCAGUGUAACCUGCACUGCCUCCAACCUAGUCAGUGAGAAAUCUGCCUCUACAACAGUGAAGUGUAGUAAUGACACAACCACCCCAGGGCGGGUGUGGUAUAGCAUCUGCAUCGCAGUGUCAGUGAGUGUCGCAGGGGUGCUGAUCCUCAUUGUAGCUGUGGCAGUGUAUAAGUGCAGGGGCCGCCGUAACACAGAAUAUCAAACUGACAACACAAUAUAUGUGGAUGUUAUGGGCAAAACAACAAUUAAAGAUACAAUAGGGACUGUGGAUGACCUGGCUGACCCAAGACUGAACAAGCCGCAGACUCUGUAUGACACGAUCAAACUUGGACGCCCAAAAGCGCCGUCUUCUGCCAACCAGAAAGUACUGUGAGCUGAGCAGGAUGUGGUCAUAGGAUUGGCCUUAUAUCUCUGCAUCAUCUGCACCCUAGGCUACAUUCUGUAGAUAGUUGUUACUGUUCAAUUUUAUCACGACCUGCACAUUUAUGAAAUAGUUUUGCUUAUUUUUUUCUUGAUUGCAAUCUUCUCCCUUUGUUGUUCCUCAUAUAUACAGUACCUUCAGAAAGUAUUCACACCCCUUUAAUUUUUCCACAUUUUGUUGUGUUACAACCUGAAUUUAAAAUUGAUUUUGUCACUGAUCUACACCAUAAUGUCAAAAGUGGAAUUUAGUUUUUAGACAUUUUUUCAAAUUAAUAAUAAAUGAAAAGCUGAAAUGUCUUGAGUCAAUAAGUAUUCAACCCCUUUGUAAUGGGAAGCCUUAAGUUCAGGAAACAAAAAUGUGCUUAACAAAUCACAUAUUAAGUUGCAUGGAUUCUGUGUUCAAUAAUAGUGGUUAACAUGAUUU